AUGACCGGUGCUACUUCAGCCAUAAGACAAAGUCAUGGUCAUCAUGAAACUGAGGAGGAAUUUGACAACAGAUAUGUAAAAUACUUUGAUCGCCCAGAUAUUGAUGGAUGGGAAAUAAGAAAAGCUAUGAAUGACCUGACGGGAGAAGAUCUUGUCCCUGAACCACGUAUUAUAAUAUCUGCUAUGAAAGCUUGCCGUCGUCUAAAUGAUUAUGCACUUGCUGUAAGGUACUUGGAAUCAACUCAGUGGAAGUGUGGCAGCCAAAAGAAAAUUAUAUGUCCAUGGCUGUUGAAAGAAAUCAAGCCUACCCUUGAUGAGCUUGGAAUUCUUACACCAGAGGAGAUGGGAUAUGACAAACCUGAGCUUGCACUGAAAAGUGUAUAUGACAUGUAG